AUGAAAGUGGGGUUGUUCAUUGGUACCUUUGUAGGCUAUGCCUCUGGAACAAGUUUAAAUUCAUCCGGUUUCGUUGAAAGCUCGGCUUUACAAUUUGUUUACCCCUACACUAAUGGAAUUUACCGUGUCGACGAUAAUAACGAACUUAUCCUCGUCGGCUAUAUCAGUCACGAAAACUUGCGAUCGCUAUACAGACACAGAUGUCCUGAGUGUGAACGAUUAUUCCGUUACCAAAGCACUUUGAACAAUCAUCUAAACAUUCAUACUGGGAAUAGGCCAUAUGGGUGUCCAUUGCCAGGGUGUAAUCGAUAUUUUCGAACAUCUAGCAAUAGAAAUCGUCACGUAAGAAUUUGUCGUCAAUGGAGUGUUUAG